UUCAUUUAAAACCUGGAUAAGUUGGGGUUUUUCUUUGUCAUAGAAUUGUUCUGUGUUCGUGUGGUGUUGCAAGUUGCGUUAAACGAGCUCGUACGGGUUUGCUUCUUUGUUUUCGUGGCUGGGUUUUGCAGAGUUCCCAGAAAUGACGCUGACAUUGUUGGCUAACUUGAAUUGCUACUACUAGCAUGGACUUGCCUUUCUGGGUUUUUAAGCAGUGCCUGUCAAUACAUGAGUAACUUUCGCCUGCAGCUGAACCAACGAGGGUUUUUAGUGACAAUUAAAAUAGCUAGAAGUGGCAUCGGGCUGUUUUCCUGUGAGAACGGAGGGCUUUAAAUGAAGGCUGAAAGAUGGUCUGAUGGACCGCCGCUUUUUCCUGACCUUCCUCUUCUGCUCAGUGUCGUGGGUUCUCUUCUGGGAAGUACGCUGGAAGAAAAGAAAAGAAACCCAGAUUGAGGAAUGGCUCCAUGGACAUAGCAUUUCAGAAUACAAGCACCUAUUUGAAGAUGUGCGAACACUAGAAGAAUUCAGUUUGAGCGCCCUAAGUCGUCUAGAGGAAGUGGUGAAGGAACAUCAGCGUUGGAGGGAAAUUGCAGAAGCUCACAUCCAGCUGCUCCGUGACUUUGCCUUUCAAGAGUGGCUUUGUUCCCAGAACCUGGAGCACUAUUACCACACGCUAAAGACUUUAGGCUGUAUGAAUCUGGAUGAUCUUUCCCAGUUUGACAGUCAGCUGCAGCUCUCUUUAGCCGCCUGGGGCUACUAUUACGAAGACUACAUAAAGCUGUCUACAGGCAUUAAAAUCCUGCGGACCUCCAGAGGGAGACGGGACCACGACUACGAGAUCAGGCUGGUGCACAGCCUUGCUGAGAGGCGUCUGAAUGAAAAGUGGUCGAUUGCUGGAGCUCUCUUAUUUGGCUGUACUGUGGCGCUGUGCUUCUUGAUAAGGGACCUCAUGUUUUACGUGAUUGGUGGAAUAACUGUUUCCAUCAUAGCAUUUGUCUUUACCAUCAAGUUCCUUUGUGAGCUUGCAGCCAGGGUUGUCAGCUUCCUGCAGAAUGAGGAUCCGGGGAGACGGGGUGACCGCAGCAUCUAUGACUAUGUCCGAGGCAACUACCUGGACCCGCGUUCUUGCAAGGUGUCAUGGGACUGGAAGGAGCCACAGGAAGUCGGGCAGACGAUGAGUUUUAGAGUGCAGCUGUUUUACAAGAAUGGUCAGCCUUUCCCAGCCCAUCGGCCUGUAGGUCUAAGGGUCAACAUCACCCAUAUUGAACUGGCCUUGGACAUUCCCGUCACACAAGAAGUUCUACAAGAACCUGAAUCCAACGUGGUGAAAGUAGCCUUCACAGUGCGCAAAGCUGGACGCUACGAGGUCGCUAUCAAGCUGGGAGGUCUCAGUGUGGCCUACAGUCCUUAUUACAAGAUAUUCCAGCCAGGUACAGUUGUUCCUUCAAAAACCAAAAUAGCAUGUCAUUUUUCAACUCUGGUUCUAACCAAUGGCCAGCAGCACACUUUACAAAUUGAACCAAGAGACGAGUAUGGAAACCCCACUAGUAACUCCACUUCUCUAACAGAUGAAGCCAACUACAGCGUCCAUGUGCAUUCUCUUGGUAUGUCAGAAGAUGACAGUCAAGAGGAUUUCUACAGUAAGUCUGUGUCGCUUAACAAGCAGCAGUGCCAGGUUCUGCUGAGAAUGACCCUCAGGAAGACGGGCUGUUUCCGAGCCUGCAUUUCCUACAAGGAUCAGCCGCUCAGCAAUGGGGAGUUUGACAUAAUUGUUCUCAGUGAGAAUGAAAAGGCCUGUGUGGAGAAGAACGUGUCCACUCCGGGCAUAAGCAUCUACUUUGAGGCAUACCUUUAUAGCAGCGGGAAUUACAGCAGUUCCUCCUGGCAGUUACAAGCCUCCUCUUUGCUGGUGCCUCAAAGGAGGCCUUCCAUGGAGGAGGAGGAUGAGCAUGACUCUCCCGUGGAAGGGCAACCAGAAAAAGUCAAGAAACCAAAAAAGGUCUACUGCUACAUAUCGCCAAAGCAACUAUCUGUCAAGGAGUUCUACCUGAAGAUUAUUCCAUGGCGGCUUUUCACAUUUCGAGUGUGUCCAGGAACUAAAUUUACCUACCACGGCCCUGACCCCAUUCAUAAAUACCUUACGCUUGUGGUGGAUGAUGGGAUACAGCCUCCUGUGGAGCUCAGCUGCAAAGAUAGGAACAUCAUGGCAGCUACCUUCAUUCGCUUCCUGCACAAAAACAUUGGUGGCUCUGAAACCUUUCAAGAUAAGGUGAACUUCUUUCAACGGGAACUCAGGCACAUCAACUCGAAGAAACCUCGAACCAAAACCUGCCUAAAAAUCACUCGGCACGCAAUCUUAGAUUCGUCGCUGAAGGCUACCAGGAAUUUUUCGGUGUCAGACUGGUGUAAAAACUUUGAGAUUGUUUUUCAGGAUGAGGAAGCUCUGGACUGGGGAGGCCCGCGGAGGGAAUGGUUUGAGCUCAUCUGUAAGUCCCUCUUUGACACCUCCAACCAGCUGUUUACCCGCUUCAGUGAAAACAACCAGGGCCUUGUGCACCCGAAUGCUGACAGGCCACCCCACCUACGCCUUAAGAUGUACGAGUUUGCAGGUCGCGUGGUAGGAAAGUGUCUGUACGAGUCCGCUCUGGGUGGAGCCUACAAACAGCUGGUGCGAGCUCGGUUCACGCGCUCCUUCUUGGCUCAGAUUAUUGGCCUGAGAAUGAAUUAUAAGUAUUUUGAGACGGAUGACCAGGAGUUCUACAAAACUAAAGUCUGCUUCAUCCUAAACAAUGACGUGAGUGAAAUGGACCUGGUGUUUGCUGAGGAGAAGUACAGCAAGUCUGGACAGCUGGAGAAGGUGGUGGAGUUGAUCUCUGGCGGAGCUCAGAUCGCUGUUACAAAUGAGAACAAGAUGCAUUAUCUGAACCUGCUGGCUCAGUACAGACUGGCCAGCCAAGUGAGGGAUGAGGUGGAACACUUCCUGAAAGGUCUGAAUGAACUGGUUCCAGAAAACCUGCUGGCCAUAUUUGAUGAGAACGAAUUGGAGCUGUUGAUGUGCGGGACGGGUGACAUCAACGUGCAGGACUUCAAAGCUCACGCUGUGAUUGUUGGAGGAUCGUGGCACUUCAGAGAGAAAGUGAUGAAGUGGUUCUGGGCAGUGGUGUCCAGCUUCACCCAGGAGGAGCUGGCACGUCUGCUGCAGUUCACCACAGGGUCUUCCCAGCUUCCACCAGGAGGGUUCAACACUCUGUGCCCUUCCUUUCAGAUCAUCGCUGCCCCGACACACAGCACUUUGCCCACUGCACACACCUGUUUUAACCAGCUGUGCCUCCCUACAUACGACUCCUACGAGGAGCUGCACAAGAUGCUGAAGCUGGCCAUCAGUGAGGGCAGUGAAGGCUUCGGCAUGCUCUGACUCCUGCCACUGUGCACCCUCCACACUCCUCCUGUUUUUUUCACCAACACAAAACCGUCAAACAUCUGGGCACUCUCUGUGUUUGAGAGGAAACUGCUCAGGAGGUCCGGCCUCACACUGGGGCUCACGUGAACUCUAGUGCUACAGUAUGUACAUAAAGUAUCUCACUUGUUUCUUAACAAAAACAAAGAAUAUGUGAACUUGAAAAAAUAAGGUUGAGGAUUUUUUUUUAUUAUUAUUAUUUCCUAAAGCAGCUUUAUAUAUAUUUUAGACUAAAGCAGGAGUACGGGCCUUCAGUUUUACCUUACAACUGCUUCUUUUGCAUUUUGCAAACUGAACUCUUCAGUGGAAGAAGAGCAGCCUUUGUGUGAACGGGAGGGCAGAUGCAUCUACAUCACUUUGGCCUUAAUCAAUCAGGGACUGAUGUGUGUGUGUAAAUAUACAAUAUUCCUCUUAUUUCAGUGCUUGUACAUAAUUGUGGGUUUACAUUAAUUUUCAUCUCCUUUUUAAAUUUGGUUCAAGCAUUUGAGGACAAGGGAUUUUGUUAUUCCUGCAUGCUUGCUGUUUUUUUUUAUUUUAUAUGGGGUGAACAUCAUUUUAAAGGAAUGACCUUUUUAAUUUAUUAAGUCUCUGUUGACCCAUGUUCCUGUAUUACUUGCCUUAUGAAUGCCCUUUGCAUCUGUAUCUGAGAGGCAAUGAAAUGUACAGGGCUCACUUGGAGUAAGUGUUCCUGAAAACACUCAAGGAAAAAACAAAUCGACCUUUAGUUGUAUGCUUUUACUUUGAAAAUCAUGACCUUUAAUAGGUAUGUUCUCAGAAUAUCUCUUAUGAUCGUCUGGUACAACUUUUUCCAUGAUGUCAAACCCUGUUUAUUAGUGUCUGUAUAUCACUAAUACAGCAUACUUUGAAAAGAUGAGAGGAAAAUUUUUUUUUUUUUAUUGUAAAAUAAGUUUUUAUUUUUGUCUUCUUGAGCCAACUUUUUUUUAUUUAUCAUUUUUGUUUAAAAGUCCAUCCUGUUGAGUUUUUAGGAUCCUUAGCCAUGUAGUUCUAGUAUUAGCUGCCUAUAGAAGGGUUCAUUUAUCUAAGUUGUGUUUUAUUCAUUCGUUCUAAUAAUUGGUGUCAUCCUUUAGUCUGCUGAAGCCAAUUGGAGAUUACACUUGAGGAAAAUUUGUUUAAACAAAAGGCUGAAUUAAAGGCAUUUUCCAGUGUUACUUUUUUGUUGUUUAUUUGUCAGGAUUGUGCAAUGUUGACUGGGUUUACUGAAGACACUGACAUUGUUAUAAGCUGUUAUAAAUGUAUAUUGUCACUUUAUGAAACAAAGAUCAUAACACCAAAUGAUGUUGCCCAUUAUAUGUACAGUCUUGUCAUUUCAAUCAAAACACAGACGGUUUUAUGUUUUGCUUCUUUUUGUUUUGUUUCCUUCAAAUGUUUAAAAGGCUUUUUUGUGGGUUUCCAGCCCAAGUGAAUCUUUUAACUUUGUAAAUAUUGUGAAAUAGCUGCUUGGGUACCUUUUUUUUUUAAUGGGAAGCCUCUGAUGAUGAAUGUUUGAAGAAUUUUCUGGACUGCAGGUCCUGUUUGUUUAUUGGAAUAAAAGACAGCUGAGUAAA